AUGCAAUUCCUUGAACCCAAGCCAAAGUCACAUAAAUGGGCCAUACUCUACGGCAAGAUUAACUACCUGUAUGUGGACGAGCUUCAGAAGAUGGUUAUUCAGAAGAGUCGCAAAGUCAAUCUGUGCCUGGAUGCCAAGGCCGAGAAACUGUACUACAAGGAUGAACGUGAACUAGAUGCUCAUUUCCGCUAUUUCAAAAAGAAUCAAUUAGAUGUGGUGUUCGUUAUUAUACCAAAUUUCGGGCAUCUUUAUGAUGUCGUGAAGCAAAAGGCUGAGCUGCAGCACGGCAUUCUUACACAAUGCAUUAAGCGGAUCACAGUCGAGCGCAAAUGUAACGCGCAGGUUAUUGGCAGCAUUCUACUUAAGGUUAAUUCAAAACUGAACGGCACCAAUCACAAGCUACGGGAUGACCUACACUGUCUGCCAAAGAAGACCAUGUUUUUGGGUGCCGAUGUGACUCAUCCGUCGCCCGAUCAGCGAGAGAUCCCCAGUGUGGUGGGUGUUGCCGCCUCCCAUGAUCCAUUCGGGGCUUCAUAUAACAUGCAAUAUCGCUUGCAACGCUCUGCCCUGGAGGAGAUCGAGGACAUGGAGUCGAUAACCCUUGAGCACUUGCGUGUCUAUCAUAAUUUCCAACAAUGCUACCCAGACCACAUUAUCUAUUAUCGUGAUGGCGUAAGCGAUGGCCAGUUUCCCAACAUCAAGAAUAAAGAGUUGAGGGGAAUUUCUGCCGCCUGCAGCAAGCUGCACAUUAAGCCCAAGAUUUGCUGCUUCAUUGUAGUUAAGCGGCAUCAUACACGCUUCUUUCCGAACGGAGUUCCAUCGCAAUACAACAAGUUCAACAACGUUGUUACGGGAACCGUCGUCGAUCGCACCAUUGUCCAUCCCAAUGAGAUGCAGUUCUUCAUGGUCAGCCAUCAGUCGAUUCAGGGGACGGCCAAGCCGACGCGUUACAACGUAAUCGAGAAUACGGGCAACUUGGAUAUUGAUGUACUGCAGAAAUUGACAUACAAUCUUUGUCACAUGUUUCCUCGUUGCAACCGCGCAGUGUCUUAUCCGGCUCCGGCAUAUUUGGCACAUUUGGCUGCGGCACGUGGACGUGUCUACCUUACUGGCUGCACCAAGUUUCGUUCUCCCCAGGUGGAGUACGCAAAGCGUUUGAUAGUGCCAGAGUUCAUGAAGACGAACCCUAUGUAUUUUGUUUAGGCAGAAAACUAACAAAAUAUCUUCACUUCUUCUA